AUACCAUUCACGCCGAAGAGCGUUCGAAAAUCUUCCCAGAACCUUCACAUACCAGUAGAGCGCGCUUAGCUCCGACUAGAAGCCGGAACCAAUACCAAAGCAACGGCAUCUCGAGCCUGUCAGCGGUGACACGCCCCACCAUGGCCGGCCCGAAAUCCAAUACCUCAGGUCAACACCACCGUCCAAACCGCGGCGCUCAUUCGAACGGAGUCCCAGAGCACAAGGAUGAUGCACUCGGCGCUUUCAUCUUUCCUGCACCAAAUUCGGCAUGGCAUGGCCCAGAUCCGUUGCCGCUCCGCUCAGAGAUCCUAAAUUCUUUUCAAAGGGUGUUCGACAUUGACAUGCCAAUACAUCACACGACCCGCUUCACAACCAAGAAAGGCGACGACGUUUACGCGUUCCUUGCACAUGAAGCGCUCAAUGCCCACUCCGAGGACUCGCCUUCACAGGACAUGGACGCUAUGGGUGUCUUAGUUUUCCCACGGCUACAUCAUCUCAACCUACACGGCUAUGAAGCUGAACUAGAGUCGGAGCUUCAUCAGCUUUGCGAUAAGGAAACCACGAGCAAAGAGCAGCUAGAUCGUCUGAGAGUACUCCUUCGGAACUAUUGCCAAGCAAUCAGAGACUACCAAUAUAUGUGCGAACUCCAGUUCAAGCCACCUUCCUCCAAGAAGCUGUUCCCAUUCCACGAGACGCUCCUACCAACUCUCAACAAACGCUUAAACUCGGAUCCCAACGGCGUUACAUAUCAGAACGCGUGGCAGGACAACAUCUAUCGCGGCAUAGUCACCUCGUAUAUGUAUUGGACGGAUGGGCUGAUGUCCAAAGUCUGGGGUGCCUUGUUCGGCUUGAUGCUCAUUGUUCCCAUGCUCAUCUUGACACUACAUUCGAUCAUCAAGACGAACCCAAUAGCUUCCUCUCUGUGUAUUCUUGGGGUCGCUAUGGGAAUAGUCUCUCUAUCUAGGAGGACCUGGAGGGAUGUCCUCGAAUUGACGGCGGCUUAUGCGGCCAUUCUAGUCAUCUUCGUUGGAACGAGCAGAGCUAGUCAAGGAUAGAAUGGAUGUCGGUUCUGAAUGCCAGAAGCAUUCACAAAACACUUCAAAUCGUUACGGCCGUGAGUCGCCAGCCAGCGAGUGUGAAACUUGUCAUCAUCAGCAUUCAAAGGUCCAACGCUUUGCCAAACCACCAACUGUAUUCAUUCAGGUAGUGGCAGAGGAAGUCGGACGACGCGUAAAUUGAAGAGCGAAAGACACCAAAGCGGCCCGGG